AUGUCGUGUUUUGUGUCGGUGCCGGGGCUACGUAAUUCGACGGAAGUCUUGUCUGCUAGCGAUGCGGAGAGUGUCUUGGAAGAUAAUGUCUACAAAGCUCGCGUUUCGGAGGUUGACGACGAUGAGCCCCCUGCUCAAGUUUCUAGUAAGGAUGGGUCUAUGCAUGUUUCUUCGGAAUGCCCUUGGAAAUUGCCCUCUGCAAAACGAGCGCCAUAUCCGAGUGAGGUCAAACUUUCGGUUGUUGAACAGGUCAGUGGUAAGAUUUUACCACGCAUCGAGGAUUUAGACAUAGCUCUGGCUGAGAUAGAACAUUUGCAGCUUACACAAAUAUUCGACACAAACAGUGUUAAAAGUAAUGUGGAAACAUCAUAG